AGAAAAAAAGAAGAAAAGAAAAAACCGUCAUUAGUGCCGUCGACUCUCUCCUAAGCGGAGCAUUUGCGCCGUCGCGAGUACCUCUUUCCGCCGUCGCCAGCAACGUCGCCAGCUCUCCACCCGAGCCUAUUCUUUUUUCUUUGCCUGAUGAAUUUUUUUUUUGGCAGUGAAUAUGGCAAGUGACGGAAAUCUGAAAACAUGGGUUUCAGAUAAGCUAAUGUCACUCUUAGGAUAUUCUCAAUCCACACUUGUUCAGUAUGUCAUCGGGCUAUCUAAACAAGCAGCAUCACCAGCUGAUGUAGUGAGUAAGCUCGAGGAGUUUGGAGUAUCCUCAUCAAGUGCAACACGUGCAUUUGCUGAGGAAAUCUUCAGCAGGGUACCCCAUAAAUCAUCUGGUUUAAAUAGUUAUCAAAAGCAGGAGAGGGAAGCUGCAAUGAUUGCAAGAAAGACUUAUGCUUUACUAGAUGCGGAUGAUGAAGACGAGGAUGACAACCGGGGUUCUGGUAUUGGCAUCAUUUCUGUUGAUUCUGCAACUGAAAGUAAACGAGGGGCGUCUCGCAACAAAAGGUUUAGGAAGAAGGAGGAGGCCCAAGAUGAAAAUGAUGAUGACGAGGUGAUUGCUCGUGGACAAGAAGCAAGGCGGGUUAAAAGGCGAACUUCCUCAGAUGAUGAUGAUGGUUCAGAGUCAGAAGAAGAAAUGUUACGUGAUCGAAGAGAGCGAGAGCAAUUAGAGAAAAAUCUAAAAGAACGGGAUGCAGCAGUCACCCGCAAGUUAACAGAGCCAAAGUUAUCAAAGAAGGAUGAAGAGGAGGCUAUUCGAAGAUCAAAGGCUUAUGAGGAAGAUGACAUUAACACUAUAAGAAAAGUAUCAAGGCAAGAAUAUUUAAAGAAAAGGGAACAAAAGAAACUGGAGGAAAUCCGGGAUGAUAUAGAAGAUGAACAAUAUUUGUUUCAAGAUGUAAAGCUUACUGAAAAGGAAGAACGUGAAAUGAGGUACAAAAAGCAAAUAUAUGAGCUUGUAAAGAAGCGGACAGAGGAAACUGAUGAUACAACAGAGUAUCGGAUGCCGGAUGCCUAUGAUCAGGAGGGUGGUGUUAAUCAGGAGAAGAGAUUUUCUGUGGUCACACAACGUUACAGGGAUCCAACUGCUGGGGAGAAAAUGAACCCUUUUGCAGAACAAGAGGCCUGGGAGGAUCAUCAAAUUGGCAAAGCAACAUUGAAUUUUGGUUCAAAAAACAAAAGGCGAAUGUCUGAUGACUAUCAGUUUGUGUUUGAGGACCAGAUUGAUUUUAUCAAGGCAUCAGUAAUGGAGGGGGAUAAGUUUGAUGAAGAGCAGACUGAGUUACACGAGCAGUCCAAGGCCCAAUCAGCCCUGGAAAAGCUUCAGGCGGAGAGGAAAACUUUGCCCAUAUAUCAAUAUCGUGAUGAGCUGCUCAAAGCUGUUCAUGAUCAUCAGGUUCUUGUCAUUGUUGGUGAAACUGGUUCGGGAAAGACAACACAGAUACCUCAGUAUCUUCAUGAAGCAGGUUACACAAAGCAUGGAAAGGUUGGAUGUACGCAACCACGUCGAGUUGCUGCUAUGAGUGUUGCUGCUAGGGUUUCUCAAGAAAUGGGUGUCAAACUUGGGCAUGAGGUUGGUUAUUCCAUACGUUUUGAAGAUUGCACAUCUGAAAAGACUGUUCUGAAAUAUAUGACGGAUGGAAUGCUGUUGCGUGAAUUCCUUGGGGAACCAGAUCUAGCAGGCUACAGUGUGGUGAUGGUGGAUGAGGCCCAUGAAAGAACACUCUCGACUGACAUUCUUUUUGGUUUAGUAAAGGAUAUUGUUCGAUUUAGACCAGAUCUAAAGUUGCUCAUCUCAAGUGCCACACUGGAUGCAGAGAAGUUCAGUGAUUAUUUUGAUUCUGCUCCGAUCUUUAAAAUUCCAGGGAGACGGUAUCCUGUCGAAAUACAUUAUACAAAAGCACCAGAAGCCGAUUACUUAGAUGCAGCAAUUGUGACUGCACUUCAAAUCCAUGUGACACAGCCACCUGGGGAUAUUUUGGUGUUCCUUACUGGUCAAGAAGAGAUUGAAACGGCAGAAGAAAUUAUGAAGCAUAGAAUAAGGGGUCUAGGGACAAAAAUUGCCGAGCUGAUUAUUUGUCCCAUAUAUGCAAACCUACCAACAGAGCUGCAAGCAAAAAUAUUUGAACCCACGCCUGAAGGAGCAAGGAAGGUUGUCCUCGCCACAAAUAUAGCUGAGACAUCAUUGACAAUUGAUGGGAUUAAAUAUGUCAUUGACCCAGGAUUUUGCAAGAUGAAGUCUUAUAAUCCAAGGACUGGAAUGGAGUCAUUGCUAGUGUCUCCUAUAUCCAAGGCAUCAGCAAAUCAGAGGGCAGGUCGGUCUGGUCGAACCGGCCCCGGAAAGUGCUUCCGACUAUACACAGCCUAUAACUAUUAUAACGACUUAGAUGACAAUACUGUCCCAGAAAUACAAAGAACUAACCUUGCAAAUGUGGUCCUUAUGCUUAAGAGUCUUGGUAUUCAUGACUUGUUACAUUUUGAUUUUAUGGAUCCACCACCGUCUGAGGCACUACUAAAGUCUUUGGAACUGCUUUUCGCAUUGAGUGCCUUAAAUAAACUAGGUGAGUUGACUAAAGUGGGUAGACGGAUGGCAGAGUUUCCUCUCGAUCCCAUGCUAUCUAAAAUGAUAGUUGCCUCAGAGAAAUACAAGUGCUCAGAUGAGAUCAUUUCCAUUGCUGCCAUGCUUUCCAUUGGCAAUUCAAUCUUUUACCGACCAAAAGACAAGCAAGUCCAUGCUGACAAUGCACGCAUGAAUUUUCAUGCUGGGAAUGUGGGUGAUCACAUUGCAUUGCUUAAGGUGUACAAUUCAUGGAAAGAAACAAAUUACUCAACGCAAUGGUGUUAUGAAAAUUAUAUCCAGGUUAGGAGUAUGAAACGUGCAAGAGAUAUCAGAGAUCAACUUGAGGGGCUCCUCGAGAGAGUCGAGAUUGAGCUAGUAUCGAAUCCGAAUGAUUUAGAAGCCAUAAAGAAGUCCAUAACAUCUGGUUUCUUCCCUCAUUCUGGAAGGCUACAGAAGAAUGGAUCUUACCGAACAGUCAAACAUCCGCAGACUGUUCAUAUACAUCCCAGCUCAGGGCUCGCCCAGGUGCUUCCGAGAUGGGUCGUAUACCAUGAGUUAGUGCUUACUACUAAGGAAUAUAUGAGACAGGUUACAGAACUAAAGCCAGAGUGGUUGGUUGAAAUAGCCCCGCAUUAUUACCAGCUUAAGGAUGUGGAAGACUCAACUUCAAAGAAGAUGCCUCGGGGAGAAGGGCGCGCGUCUUAGGAUUGGAGACUGGCAACAAGUUCAGAAAGAGAUUAAAAUUUGAAGGUUGUAGCGGAAAAUGAUAAUUGUAUAGACGAGCAUUGGCUAUCCAGGGUAGCGGAAAUCAGGAAGGGAUACACACAAUUUUGUAUUUGAAACUACCUAUAAAUUUUGUACAUAGAAAAAGUCAUAGCCCCUAACACCCUGCCCUUCCAUCCCCAUCCGAUUUCUUCGUCUUGGGGGUUUUGAGGGGAUCUUUUUUGCAGUCAAUGAUGGUGAGGAAUCUGUGACCCAUUUUUAACCCAAAUUUAGAUCAGAUAUUUAGUACAUGAUGUAUUAUAGAUUGUACCAUUUUGAAACCUGCCUUUCCGGAAGUGGUGAAGCGUUAAAAUGUAUUUGCGGAGGUAGAUUCUUCACUUUGUAUCUUCCAAAAAUAUAUGAGAAGCGAUUUUGUUCCUUGUUUAA